CUUGGCAAAGUAAGAAUGAGGGGCAACGUUCUAAACUCUUAUCCAUUUCUAGAGGCAGAAAAAAGUCGAAUGCUAAAACCACUCGUGAAUUUCCCAAUCCAUGCCACCUUGAUUCCUUCUUGUUCUGUGAUGCUUGGAAAAACUGAAUAAUGGAAGUAGAGAUCAAGCUUCGUCUCCCAGACUCAGCCACUCACCAGAAACUAUCCAACUUGCUUGCACCUUUCCACACCAAAACCUUAAUCCAAGAAAACAUCUUCUUCGAUGGCAUGAACAAAGAGCUCACUUCAAACCUCGCCGUUCUCCGAAUCCGCUUCUACGACUUGGAACACUGCGUCCUUUCCUUGAAGGCCAAGCCAGUGAUCUCGGCCGGUAUAAGCCGCAUGGAGGAGCACGAGGAGCCGUUCGACGUCGCACUUGGCCGUGCAUGCAUUGCUGAGCCAUGGAGGCUCUUAUCCGUGGAGUCCUCAGAGAUACUCAAGAGGGUGAGGGAUGAGUACCGUGUUGGAGAAAAUGGGGUGGUGUGCUUAGGUGGGUUUAGGAAUGUGAGGGCUGUGCAUCAGUGGAAAGGCUUGAAACUGGAACUUGAUGAGACCAACUAUGAUUUCGGGACAAACUACGAGUUAGAAUGUGAGAGUGACGACCCAGAGAGACACAAGAGAUUGCUUGAGGAGUUUCUUCAGGGGAAUGGAAUCAAUUAUUCUUAUUCCAAACUUUCCAAAUUUGCUGUUUUUCAGUCCAGGAAGUUGCCUGGAUGAGGAACAAAUGUUAUUGAUGAAUGCAUUAUAUUAUGCUUUAUUUCGUGCAUAUUAUGUUAUUGUUUAAGAAAGUUAAAAACACAUUUUUUUUUUACAUUA